UGUCCCUAAGAUGGCUGACCUAGCCCGAAAGAGGAUUCCUACGGCACUGAUGUCACUUCCACUUUAAUUUCUCGUCGUUCUUCCGUCGGAAGUGAGAACGCCAGGACUGUAUAAUAGGAACGAGUGUUAAAGUAGCUCAUAGAAAAUGUAGUUUAGGUCUUCAUACAUUUAUGGAGCGCAGUUUGCCAGCGGAACUUCCUCGUUUUUGGACACAGCCUUUCGCGGGGGUCGCAAGAGAGUCCACAACUAUCCAUUUUGUAGGUCGGGCUUCCCAUAUCGUCUGCUUCUGUAAAUAGGCCAGACGUCCUCCCAGCGAGAAACAUGAGGGAUGUCUGGAAAGUUCACCUCCAUUUCUACAUGUUCGUCGUCAUUUUGGUGCAAGUGCGUGCCGAUGCCUACACCCUCAAGCUGGGGCAGAACGUGACUCUCAACUGCACGGCGGCCAACAAUAAGUCUGCCAACAUCAAACAUGUCAAGUGGAUAAAGGAUGGGACCAAUGUGGCUUCCUUCAGCGACACGUCCGACAACCAGGUCACCGUGACGGACCCUUCCAAGUUUGUCCUGAGUCUUCCAAGCUACACCCUCACCAUCAAGUCAGCGGCGGAGGAGGAUAAGGGCCUGUACAACUGUACUGUAGAACACACGGAUGGAAACACCACCUCCUCAACAAUAGCGGUUGCCAUGCCAGUGACAGGCGCUCCAGUAGCAACCAGCACGUCUACAAGCACGUCUACCCCCAGUAGUACCUCGGCUGGAGCGUCGGUGUCUACAAAAGUGUCCACCUCCUCCUCCUCCGUCACAUCCCCAGCCUCCAGCACAUCUCCAGCCUCCACCCUACAGACUGACAAACCCUCGAGAUCGGGGACCACCUCUGCACCAAAGCCUGUGGUCCCCGGAGUUGGUGUGGUCCCUGGGUCCUCCCCCUCCACUCCGAGGGGACGGGGUAUCGAGCCCCCGGGGCGGCCGAUGGCACUUAAGGUGACCGCUACAACUGUGAAGCUUAACUGGACGGCCAGCCAAGUCAAUGAUAGCAAAGUUAACUAUACUGUCUAUGUCAGCACCAGCAGUGGAAGCUGGAGCAAGUCCAGAUCGUACACAACUCAGGACACCGUGUUUGUGGUGCGUCGCCUGAUCCCGGACACACAGUACUUCUUCCAAGUCAGAGCCACGGACGCUGAGGGCAACACUGACACCAGUCCCCAGUCAGGACCCAUCUCUACAGAAAACCUCAAACCUGACCAAAAGGUGACCAACUUACGCGGAGUAGCUCUGAACGGAACAGCGAUAUUUGUGUCGUGGGUCGGACCCAACAUUUCUCUCCCAAACCACCUGAAGUGGGGUUACUUCCUGAGCUAUCGGGAAGCCAACAGUUCACGCAGGGCGGCGAGUAACAUCAAGCUGAGGAGGAGUGCCCAGGUGAAUACGCCUUGCAUGGAAGUUGCAAGCAGAGACCUGAAUGCAUCUGGCAUAUGUAUGGACCUUGAGAAUGCCACCAUCAGUGGCCUGCUUCCCCUCACCAUGUAUAAGGUGCAGGUGCUGGUGUACUAUGACUUUGGGUCGGGGAGGCUGAGCUACGGAGACUGGAGGGUCAACUUCACACAGACAGCCGAGGGAGUUGCACCUGUACCAACACUGAAGAUGGACAAAGCGGAAACCACAGCCUACAGCAUUGGUAUUGCCUGGUCUGUACCAGACCCCCCUGUAGCCAGGAUUCUGGGCUUCCGCAUCUACUACUGCCUGUUUUCUAGUAGUUGUACUGACGAAACUGUUAUCACCGUGGGUGACGUGAGAUCUCAUGUUAUACCAGACCUACAACCCAGCACUCCCUACACGAUUUCCAUGGAGAGCUUCAACAGUGGAACCAACAGUACCCGAACAAAACCUGGUUUCACCGUUCAAACUGAUGUUCUGCCUCCCCUCAAACCAGAACAGCUCAGACUCCAGCAGGUCUCUGCUACCAGCAUCAAUGUGAGCUGGACCCAGCCGGGGAUGGCCCUACGCAGGGUGGAUUCCUUCUCCAUACUCUACAGCCAAUGCUCCUUUAUGUACAUAUUUUGCCAACUGCCGCAAAGACGUGAAGCCCCCGUUCGCGACGGCCCUGUCCAGUGGUCCCUGCUGGAGGACUUGAAGCCCACGAGUCCGUACAAAUUGAAUGUCACGGCUAAAGUGCGCAGUAUAAUCCACCAGCGGAGCUAUGUCAACACCUCUGAAUCUGAAAAGAUCUUCCUUGCGGUUUCCGCCCCCAGAAGCACCCCCCCUCCUGUGGAAACAACCAGUGCCCGUACCACAGUGGAGGUAGACAACAGUAGUGGUACUGGUGCCAUCAUCGGGAUAGCCAUCGCACUGGGAGCCUUCCUGGUCAUUCUGCUGGUCCUGGCCGCUGUCUACUUCAGCAGGAAGUUUCACCAGACAGCAUGUUACUACAUCGAUGAUGAUGGAUCUCCCAGGGUGGUGAAGAUACAGCACAUUCCACUGCCGGUCAUGCUGGAUGGAGAGAAUGCCCAGUCCAUCGCAGUGGGUCAGUUCGCGAAGCACGUGUCGUCUCUCCAUGCGGACAGCGACCACGGCUUUGCCCUGGAGUAUGAAGAGAUUCACCAGAGCACGGCCAACAGACAGGACCUGAAGUGGGAACACACCAUGCACCCAGACAACAAGCACAAGAACAGAUACAUCAACAUCGUGGCAUAUGACCACAGCCGUGUGCAGCUGAAGCCGGUACUGGGCAGACAGAAACACUCCGACUACAUCAAUGCAAACUUUGUGGACGGCUAUGAGAAGGCAAGGAAGUUCAUAGCUGCACAAGGUCCCCUGAAGGCGACGUUUGGAGACUUCUGGAGGAUGGUGUGGGAACAGAACACAUCUGUCAUCAUCAUGCUCACCAACCUGGUGGAGAGAGGCAGGCGUAAGUGUGACCAGUACUGGCCCACAGAUGGGACAGAGCAGUACGGCCUGGUCACCGUCACCCUGAAGCACACCAAGGUGCUGGCCAACUUCACCAUCAGGACAUUCUCCUUACGCCAUGCAAAAGUCAAGAAGGGCAAGGCAGAACGUACUGUGCUGCAGUACCACUACACCCAGUGGCCUGACCACGGCACCCCUGACUACGCCCUCCCCGUCCUCACCUUCAUCAGGAAGUCUGCUGCUGUCAGAGUGGGGGAGGAGGUGGGACCCAUGGUGGUGCACUGCAGUGCUGGAGUGGGGAGGACAGGGACUUACAUUGUCCUGGACACCAUGAUGAGGCAGGUGGAGGAGAAACAUUCAGUCAACAUCAAAGGUUUCCUCAAGCACAUCCGCACACAGAGGAACUACCUCGUACAGACUGAGGAGCAGUACAUCUUCUGCCACGACGCCCUGCUGAAGUUUAUCCAGUGCCGUGACACGGAGAUCCCGCAGAGCCAGCUGCACCACUACAUGGACGAGCUGCUGAAGCCUGGCCGCUCGGGCAGGACCCUGCUGGACAAGCACUUCAAACACAUGAUGGCUCACCAGGCCGAGGAGUUCGAGUACUACUGCGCACAGAAGCCCUGCAACACCAACAAGAACAGGACGCAGAAACUCAUACCAGUGGAGUGUACUCGGGUGUGUCUUACAGCAAAGCCAGGGAUGGAGGGAUCAGACUACAUUAAUGCCUCGUAUCUGCAGGGCUACAACAGGAGUAAGGAGUUCAUCGUGACCCAGCACCCCCUGCCUGACACAGUGAAGGAUUUCUGGCAGAUGAUCUGGGACCAGAACUCGCCGGCGGUGGUCAUGCUCAGCAAGCCUGACGAGGUCAAGAACGGCCCUCAAACUUGUGUCGUGAAUGACAACCUGCCCAGCUACUGGCCCAGCAAGGACAAACCCAUGGAGUGCGUGACCUUCAAGGUGUCCUUGCAGGACGAGAAGGAGGAGAAAGUCGGUAACGACAUCAGCGUGACCGUCCGCAGCUUCCUUCUUGAGGCCACGCAGAAAUUGGGCUCUCAAAAGCGCCGCAGACGGGAAAGCUUCCGAUCACGACAAAGUGCGAGGAUUCGGACCAGCUUCAGGUCCAGACGUAGCACCAGGGCUGCGCGUCCCGAACACGACGGCGAAAACCCGCCCGCGCAAAAAGCAAGGGCAGGGUCCGAAACAUCGGACGAUUAUGUGCUGGAGGUACGGCACUUCCAGUCUCCUGAUUGGCCGGCGGCGUGCACGGCGAUCAGCGAUGUGUUCUGUCUGGUGGACCUGGUGCAGGAGCAUGCUGCCACCAACGAGGGACCCAUCACUGUUCACGACGUGUACGGUGGCGUGUCUGCGGCCACCUUCUGUGGGCUGACGGCUCUCAAGCACCAGCUACAGGAUGAUGGGAGUAUGGACAUCUUCCAACUGGCCAAGACUUACCACAUGAUGAGGCCAGGUGUCUUCUCUGAGAAGGACCAGUACCUGUUCCUGUAUAAGGCUAUGCAGACCCAAGUGGCAGGCGUUACUGAGAACGGUUACGGUGACAUCAUCACAGUGGAUCGCACUGAUGAGAGUACAGAGUCUCUGGUCUAAGGUCCGAGCAUUGACUCUGCUGAAGAUAAUGUCUUCCUGUUGUGCACUAGAAUCUCUACAGGCAAGGGUAGCGACAUGUUGGUCACAUUACUCAACCCGGAACCCAGCCAGGCAAUUUGCUGGAACACAAAGCUGUGAUAU